GAGGUGUGUGCAGGAGCCGCAGGUGUACGAGCGUUUAUUAAGAAAUUAGUUUAAUUAUAACAUAAAGCAACCACCCCAAGCAUGGCCAACCGAAAUAUGCAACAGACGAGCAUGCUGAGUAGCAGUUCCCCACAGGCGGCGAGACGCGGCACCGACUCCCCGGCCGCGGAGCAGGCACCGGGCAACAAAGACAGUCCAGCCCCGCCGCCUCAGUCGUCCCCCGCGGCAGAGCCGGCUGAAGGAACCGGGGAAGGAAGCAGCGAAGGCCCGGCAGAAAUGACUCUGGACAUUACGAGCUUUCGGAAGCCCGGCGAGAAGACGUUUACCCAGCGGUCCCGGCUGUUUGUGGGCAGCCUCCCGGUGGACAUCACGGAGGAGGAGUUCAAGAACAUGUUCGCCAAAUACGGGAACGUCAACGAGGUGUUUAUCAACAGAGACCGGGGCUUCGGCUUCAUCCGCCUGGAAACCCGGACGCUGGCAGAGAUUGCCAAAGCUGAGCUCGAUGGAACUAUGCUGAACAAUCGACCGAUCAGGGUUCGCUUUUCUACCCAUGGCGCUGCGCUCAAAGUUCGCAAUCUGUUGCCUGCGGUGACAAAUGAGCUGCUGGAACAGGCGUUCUCUCAGUUCGGCCCAGUGGAACGGGCCAUCGUUGUGACGGAUGACCGCGGUCGUCCCACCGGGAGAGGCAUUGUGGAGUUUGCAAACAAAGUAGCUGCUCGUAAAGCCCUGGAGCGCUGCACUGAGGGAGCGCUGCUGCUGACCACCACACCUUGUCCAGCAAUCGUGGAGCCUUCAGAGCAGUUUGAUGAUGAGGAUGGGCUGUCUGAAAAACUGCUGCAGAAGACUCCUAAAUACUACAAGGAAAGGGAGCAGCCGCCACGUUUUGCUCAGCCGGGCACGUUUGAAUUUGAAUACUCGUCUCGCUGGAAAGCUCUCGAUGAGAUGGAGAAGCAGCAAAGAGAGCAGGUGGACAAGAACAUUCGAGAGGCCAAAGAGAAACUGGAGGCUGAGCUGGAGUCGGCCAAACACGAACAUCAGCUCAUGUUGAUGCGGCAAGAUCUAAUGAGACGUCAGGAGGAGCUGAGGAGGCUGGAGGAGCUUCGCAACCAGGAGCUGCAGAGACGAAAGCAGCUGGAGAUGAGACACGAGGAGGAGAGACGGAGGAGAGAGGAGGAGAUGAUGAGGCACAGAGAGCAGGAGGACCUGAGGCGUCAACCAGAAGGCUUCAAACCAAACUACCUGGAAAAUAGAGAACAGGAAAUGAGAGUGGGUGAGCUGGGCCCUCGUGGAGCCAUUAAUAUGGGAGAUGGCUAUAACCAGGCCUCUGCGGGGCCCAGUGCUAACCAGGGUCAAAUGAUGGGCAUGAGUGGAAGGGGAGGAGCCAUUGGCCCAGAGGGGACAGCAAAUAUGGGGACACCGUUGAUGUCCGAGAACGGAGCCAUGCGGAAUGAUAGAUACCUGCAGGGUGCGUCGAUAGGGGGCAGACCGGAGGUUGAGUCCCCUAAACAACAACAACAACAGCAGCAGCAACAACAACAGCAACAGCAACAACAACAGCAGCAGCAACAGCAGCCGCCAUUGGGUCCCCAAGUCGGAGCAGCUCCAGGAUUCGGCCGGGGCAGUCCAGUAGGAGGCGUCUUUGAUGGACCAAAUAACAAGCGGCGGAGAUACUAACUCAUCACGGUUCUCUUGGAUCUUUGUUUCUGCUCCAGACGGAUCUUAUUUUUGUUUUUUCUGUUUUCACAUUGACUCGAUCGUUGACCCGCUGCCGCUCCUGUGACUCGGACAUGUCCGCUGAGAAACUUUGGUAUAUUUUUUUGUCUUUGGGGGGCGGGGAGGCGUUGAUUUUGUGAUGGAUGAAGUUACGGGACAAUGCUUUGUAUCUCAACCUACCUGCAGUGUUUAUACAGAUCUUUUGCAGAACGUGUCUCUUCUCUGUGGUCUGAAUGAAACCGUUUGUGAUUUUUUUUUUGUGAGUGUGUGCUGAAUAUGGAGCGAGAAGUCCAUGUCAAGGGAGUCCAUGGGUGGGUGGACAGCGUUGCGGUGGCUGCUAUGGUGUGGGAUACACGUUAUAAAGCUGCUCUGAUGGAGUGUUCGCAUUAAACGGUUACACAGACCAGAUGUCACCAUGCCAGGAGCUUGCUAGUUGGUGCUGAACUUCCGUGAUUCUCAGAAGAACAUUUGGCACCGAAAAUCAAGUGAAUGUAUUUUGAUGUAGUUAUAAAAGAACAACAACCUAUGCACAUCCUGCCCUCGCACAUCGGCAUGCCUAACGCUUUGGUAGACUCCACGGUAGCGAUGGGACGUGAGCAGGACCCAGCUGGUGUCAUGAGCCGUCUUCAUCUGAACAAGCCAACGUUUGCCUCUGUGACUGUCGUGUGUGUGCAAACAAAUGCAAACUUCAAUGCUUCACAGUAUGAAAGUUUUACACUCCUUACUUUAGUUUCAGGUGCUUCCUCUUUGGAGAUCAUGUGACUCAAAUGCAAAACAUGUCCAUCCACGACUCUUGUGAAACCCCUUCCUCUCAGUGUCUCGCACAUGAUUAAAAAAAAAAGUUCCUGAAAAUAAAUUUGAUGUCCAGUCCAAUGCUCAUUAGAUGUUCAGACUAUUAGAGAGUGAAUGCUUCUGCAGCUUCGGUGCAUCCUGUAUCUGAUGGUCAAGACAAAUAAAACAUUUGUAGGAAGUCGUGUUUGUUUGUGAUUUGAAAGGAUUCUCAAUAAAACUUACUGUAGGGCCGAACAGUUGUUAUAAAAGCUGCACAAUGAAACGAUGAAGAUGUGCACAGUUUUAGUUUUAUUUAAUUGAAGCAGAUUGAAGCUUUCAGAGGUUGUGAUUGGUGCUCAUUGAUCGAUGACGGCGGUCCAGUCUCGUUAUUAAAAAGCCAUUUUGGAGCACAUCUGUCAAA